AUGACGGUAUUCACACGGGUCUUUACCAUCCACUUUGACGGCAAUGUGUACGAGGCCUCAGCGGAUUGCCGCGUCACUCGCACGUUACGCGAACUUCUUCUCGCCACGCUGCCGCCUCCGCCUCCGCCCCCGCCGUUAAGGCACGCGGCGAGCUGGGUAGAGGGCUAUACGUGCUCCUUCGGUGGACAGCGUUUGUCGCUUGCGGCAGCCACAGAAGUGGCGCCGACUACGUUGUAUGUGACAUUGCCCGCACGCAGCGGCACUGGCGGAAAGGCAGCCGCCAGCAGAAGUGCAGGCUCGUUGAAGCGUCGGAGGCCAAACAGCCCAGGGAAGGGGGAAAGCAGCGCGACCGAGGGCGGUAACGACGGCAAGGAGAACAACAACAACAACAAUGGCAGCGACAGUACCAGCAGUGGUGACAGUAACGAUGAAAGCGGGGAGGAUGUCUUUCGAAGCCACCGUCAACCGUACUGGCGUCCUCGUGCAGCACAGAGCAAUAGUAGCAAGAACAACACCAACAACAGUAGCAACUACGAAGAGGAAGACGAGGAUGAGGACGAAGAGGAAGGUGAUGAGGAAGAGAAGCAGGACAUGUACAAGUCCUGCAGCAGCAGCAUUGCGAUGUGGCAGGAUAAAGCGGACAGUGACGGAAGCAACGACGACGUGAGCAGUUGCGAUGACCGCCAACAGGAGGCGGUGCUACCCAUUAUUGUAGGCGGUGUUGUACGCCUCAUAAACAUUGAAAGCCGUGACAGGAGCCACCAAUGGACUGUGUACAUCCGUGGCCUUUUUAACGAGACGGAGUACCUGGCACAAUGCAUUGAGUCGGUGCGGUUUAUCCUUGACCCUUCCUUUGCACCGAGUGAGCGUGUUGUGCGGACGGCACCAUUUGAAUUGACGGAGGUGGGUUGGGGUGAAUUUGUUGUCAAGAUGCAGGUGCAGCUGCGGCACUACCCACGGCCCAUUCGGGUGAUGCUGUCCUCCUCCUCAUUUGCUUCAGCGGCAAACUGUGAGUCGGAGAUUAAGGUGGCGUCUAAUUUUCUGGCGUCGCAGCCGAUGGUGCCACUGUCGGGUCUCACACGAGGGCCCAUCUUGUCGCCUGUCGUGCAAGUGCUCAGCCAGCAUCGCUACCAUGGUGGGACGGCUGUCAUGUCACCAACGUCCACGGUGGCCGCGGUUUCUGGUAGCAGCAGACGGGGCGUGGUCAAGACAGAGGUAAAGGUGGAAAAGGAGGACUCAAGCAGUGACACUAACAGCAAGUUUCGUAAAGAUAACGUGCGGCCGAGCGAGGUCCGAUCCCCCGGACAGCCAACGCUUGCAACGCUGGAAAUGUCUCCUGGUGUUGUGACGCUUUCUCACCUGCUGCGGUUCUCGCACCGUCCUCGUCGUGCUCACUGCAUUCCGCCACUUGGCAGGCCCUAUGAGCCGGAGGAGCAUGUCGGGUACACAAUCGUGCAGACACCAGUUGUGACGGAGCAAUACGAUGAGAUUGUUGUGCCGGAUCCGCCUGCGCCUAUACUGGAGGUGGCGGAGGCUUUGCCACGUAUGCUGCGUCGCCGCAUCGCAACUGUCAAGACGGCCCGGGCGAUGGCACAACUGCCACAGCAACAACAGAGACUUCUUGCUAGCGGUGGCGCUCCAUUUGGCGUUGCCGCGGCGUUCACUGACAAUGGUGUGUCGUGCUGGGAGUACAUUCUGCAGGAGGAGCCUGACGAUGCUGUGCUGGCGGAGUCGUACCUUGAGAGUGUUGGGGAGACCGUGUUGUCUCCGGCUGGCGCACAACACCCUAGCAUCGAUGCGUUGGUGUCCCCACCCUGUGCGGAUACUCAAAGGCAGGAACACGAACAACCGCCGCCGCCUGCCUUUUAUGGCAUUGAGUCCCCCGUCGUUGUAAAGCUGCCUCGUGGCCGGCGGAAGCUCGCGGGCGCGGAGAUAGAUCUGGCGGCGCUAAAAACAGCAAAGAAAGGUCUUGUGGAGGCCAUUGAGAAGAUGCGGCGUGAGUUGGUGCUUCGGCAGGCCGCGCAGACGUACCAGCACUACAGAUAA